AUGGGCGGCAAAUGUUUAAUUCCUUUCAGAACCGCUCAGACAGCUGCGGUUGUGAGUCCACUUCGGGACCUAACUGAUGGUAGCGUCGCCAAGGCCGCUUCCAAGUCCGAGUUCGCUAGCAACGUCAGUCGUUUCUUUAAAUCGCGGAAGUUAAAAGUCACCAAGAACCCUCCACCGCCCCCAAUCCGCGUCAGUAAAGUCACGACUGAGGACUCAGCUGCUUCUGAGGUUACUGGUCAGAAAUCAGUCUCAUCCACGGGAAACGGGCCCUUCUAUGAUGACGCCUGGGACAUUCGACUGUCGCGUCUGGGCCUUCAGGCCUCUCAGGCCCAGUCAAUCCCGCCGCCGCCAGCGCUACCCUCACUUAAGCAGCGACAAAACAGCGGUGGGCGUGGCCCUCCCGACGGCGCGGCAAUGUGCGAAAGCAGCUGCUCCCUUACGUCGACCCCAUCGGUGGCCUUGAGUCCCGGUUUCGUCGACGCACCAGCGCCCAGAACGACAAUCUCGACGUUUGCUCCGUCCCUUAGUUUAACCCUUAAUUCAAAACACUUGCAGCACACGGAUUCAAAAGUGGCACCUACUGCCAGUGAGGAGGCUGUACCGCCGUCCACUGAAAGCGACCCGCCCGAAGGUGUCGCCACCCCGACGCCCUCGAGCAAUCUCAACUGGUUCCCGCCUCCACCUCCGACACCUCUCCACCUCUCACUGCAUGUCGACGACCCAGCGAGCAGUCAACCGAGGCGCUACCACGAACAUCGUCGCUCCUUCGAAAUGGAUGACGAACAGUUAUUGACAGGAAAUGAUUCCGGAGACGCUAUCACGUUACCUCCGCUUUCUCCAUCUCCACCACAGGAAAAUACUUGUCCCAGUGGUGAUGGACGCGCUUCUGUGUCAAGUUUCCUUCUUAAUCUGCCUCCACCACCCACCGUAACUGAUUUAUCUGCGGAGGAGUCUGCCCAUCCCCCUGUUAUUCCACCCAGGGACCCAAAGACCUCAGUUACGACGCCCACUGAGCCACCUGUGACCGACCUUGACAGCCACCUGCCAACAUCUCAACCGGCUCCUCUCUCAAAGCAGAGAGAGAGUUCAGAACUGUUGAAAUCCCAACAGCGCCAGCAGAGAUGUGGCGUUGAUGGUCGGUCGGUGGUUCCCUGGGAGCGUGGCGCACCGCCCACGUCCACAGCUAUUGACCUUUCUGGCAGCCUGCCUCAGUGGGUGCCUCCACAGCACUCCGAGGCCUCUCUGUUGCACCGUGCUCCUCGAUCGAUUGGCCAUCGGUCGACAAAGUCACAGAGUGGAUCCGAUGGGAUCGGGGAUGACCGUGUUCCGCGUCCCCUUAGUCUUGCUGCCAGCGGCCGUUCGCAGUCCCAACAUCGCGGCCGACGGCACACAACACACGCCUUUGGUGAUGAGACUGUCGUUGCGGGCAGCACACCUACCAAUGGCAGCUCUGAUAGACGCGCUGUUCGCAUGGACUCCGAUUCCUCGGUAAUGGCAGCCGCGCGAACAAUGAUGUCUGCCGGCGAUGUGUGGACCACGGCUGUUUCUCGCGAUGGUAGGUUGCGUGCGCCAUGCUCACUUCAGUGGAAAGGUAGAAACUAA